UCAGAAUUUAGGAGCUGUCUCGGGCGGUGAAGCCCACCAGGACAAUUCACUCAGUUCUGACUGGCUAGCACGCGAUUCCGGCUGGGAAUCCGUGGCCCCUCCACUUGUCCCUCCCGCCCGGCUUUUCACCCUCUGAGUUUCUAGGCCUUUUACUGGCCCUGCGGAACGGAAGUGGGCGGUCGUAGUCUGUGGUCCCACGGUGGGGAUUCCGAUGGCUUUCGUGCAGAUCCGAGCGGCCAGGGAAGGAGACUGCGGAGACAUUCUGAGACUCAUUCGGGAACUGGCAGAGUUCGAGAAACUCUCGGAUCAGGUGAAGAUCAGUGAAGAAGUCCUGAGAGCAGAUGGCUUUGGAGAGAAUCCUUUCUAUCACUGUUUUGUAGCAGAGAUUAUUCCAGCACCUGGUGAGCGACAAGGGCCUUGCAUUGUGGGCUACGGACUAUACUACUUCAUCUACAGCACUUGGAAGGGUCGUAACAUUUAUCUGGAGGACAUCUAUGUGAUGCCGGAGUAUCGGGGUACUACUGGGCAGGAGUUGAGGCCAAGGUGGACACAAUGGUGGAGCAAUUCCAUAGGUCAAGGGAUUGGUUCCAAAAUAAUCAAAAAGGUGGCUGAGGUGGCCCUGGAUCAGGGUUGCUCCCAGUUCCGCCUGGAAGUUCUGGAGUGGAACAAGAAGGCUAUGGAUUUGUACAAGGCCCUAGGAGCCCAAGAUGUGACCCAGGCGGAGGGCUGGCAUGCCUUCCGUUUUGAAGGAGAGGCGAUGAGGAAGUUGGCAGGAAGAUGAUGCCAUCUCUGCCCCCAUCUGCUCAAGCACUGCUCAGAGACACUGACCCCUAGGCCUCCCAGAGAAAGAUUCCUGCAGGACACAAACAGAAUUGAGGGAGAGGUCUUUCUGAGGGUGAAAAAUUAAUCAGAAUUAACCAUGUC